AUGGAGUCCCCCCGAUCCGGUCGAGCCCAGCGCGUGUGCGGAACGUGCAGAACCCGAAAACGAGGCUGCGACAAGCGGUUACCCAGGUGCGGGUUCUGCUUCAGUCGAGGCUAUGCCUAUGCCUGUGAUUACACAGAAGCGCUCGUACCCGACGCUUCGUCCACUGCUGGGCUCCCGUAUAACGGUCCUCGGAAACUCAUUGGGUCCCUGUCUCUUGAUAGCACCGUCAAGGCCCAAGUGGACAGCAUUUUCAAGGCGAUGGACUUGACACCGCAGAUGGUCGAGCAGCGGUACUUCCGAGAUUUCCACCCCAGUCUACCCAUAAUAGCACCACAGACCUCUCCUUGCCGAAUCCACCACGGUCUUGAACGAGCUCCGGCCGAUGCCGCCAUUCUCGUUCUCGCCAUGUUGCUUGUUUCCCACCAGCUCCCCACGGCCGACUCGUUGUACUCGGCACUGCGGAAACUCGUCGUGUCGGUGCAGGACUCGAGGGGGGCGUCAAUCGCUGUGGUCCAAGCACAAUUGUUGAUUGGUGGUUUUGAACAUGCCCAUGGAUGGGUGGAAAAGUCCUAUGUCUCUGUCGGGGUUUGCGCCAGUCUGGCCCGGAUCCUUAGGAUCAACGUGAAUCGGACCGGUGGGUUCUCCGCUGACAGUACGCACAAGGGCCUUGCAGACCAGGAGGCCUGGAAUUUAUGGUGGGGAAUCAUCGUGCUAGAAAGCGUCGUUCUGUCCGAACUGCCCCACGUGUUGGCACGGUCCAUCGCAGAGGAUCUGGAGGAAGGUGUCAGCCUGCCGUCCGAUCUUGUCGAAUUGCCAGGCACCCCGACGUGGUCUCCAUCCCGGGACGCAAUGUUCCAUUCUCCCGCCGAGAACGUCAGCAGGUUUGGACGGCAAGUACAGGCCGUGUUGCUGCUUAGUCGAGCCGUCCGGCUUUCGCGACGUCCGCUGGAGCCUGAUGGCAGCCUGUCCAGACUUAAAGCGCUGGACAAGCAGACAAAGGUCUUUAUCGGCCUGCUGCUGAAGGAGGGAAUUCAAGCGUCCAAUUCGCGAGAGGGUGCCCUCCCCAUUGCCGUGAGAUCUCUUUUCGUAUUGCACGAAGACUUUGUGGAGAACAGCCGGCCUCUCCUGAGCGCCGACGACAUAGAUUGGUCGUGGGCGACGUUGGAUACGGUUGUCACCAUGUUGAUCGAUGCGGCCUAUGAUCACAUGAGGGAGAGUGCUUGCCCUCACGCUCUCCUCCUGUGCUGCGCAGCCAAUCUCCGAUCGAGCUCGAAACACAUGUCUCGUUACAAUGUUGGCGGCUCCAAAGACCUCGACGCGGGUGUCCUUCGUGACCUGGAAGUUGUAGUUAGCGCCGUGCGGAGGUGUGGAACUCAUGUGUAG